AUUUAUUUAAUUAAUCAAUUUUGAGAAAAUAAUAUAAUAUAUAUAAAUACGUCCCUCCUCCCUUAAGAAUGGGAAAGACCAAAAUAAAACGCAUGCAGUGUUCUAGAGAGAGAGAGAAAGAGAUAAUUCUAGAGAGAGAAAGUGUGAGAGCGAGAUUUUGAAUCCGUAGUACAGAGAAAGAAAAUGGAGUGUCCGACGUACAACGACGACGAAUACCAGAAGCUUGUCACUCGAAUGUCUACUCCGAGGGUCCUGAUCGACAACACGGGUUGUUCCAACGCGACCCGGCUCAUGAUUGAUAGUGCGAGGAAACAAGGGAUUCUUCUGGAAGCGAUUCAAGUUUUGACUGAUUUGAAUCUUUCAAUAAAAAAAGCCUACAUUUGCUCCGACGGGCGGUGGUUCAUGGACGUAUUUCAUGUGACCGACUUAAACGGAAACAAAUUAACUGAUGACAGCGCUGCUUUGGGCUACAUUGAGAAGGCACUUGAGAAAGUUCAUUACGGCAAACCGAAAACCGAAGAGGGCCCCACGGUUUUGGAACUCACCGGCACAGACAGAGUCGGCCUUCUAUCUGAGGUUUUUGCGGUGCUGUCCGAUUUAAACUGCAAUGUGGUCAACUCAAAGGUGUGGACUCACAAUGGAAGAAUCGCAUCACUAAUCUAUCUUAACGACAAUAAAUCGGACGCUCUGAUUAAAGAUAUUCGAAAAUUAGAAAAAAUCGAGGCGAUGUUGAGGAACGUGUUGAAGGGGGACAACGAUAUUCGAAGUGCUAAAACAUCGAUCGCUGAGGUCAGCACUCACACGGAGAGAAGGCUUCACCAGAUGAUGUUUGCCGACAGGGAUUACGAUCGAAAACCGAUUAUUGAUAUAUUUGGCGAAUCGCCAGUUGUUUUGGUGCAGAAUUAUUUGGAGAAGGAUUAUUCGGUUGUGAAUAUUCAUUGCAAGGAUCGGAAUAAGCUUCUGUUCGAUGUUGUCUGCACUUUGACGGACAUGCAGUACCUCAUUUUUCAUGCCACCGUUGACACGUCAGCAGACAGAGCAUCCUUGGAAUUCUUCAUUCGGCACAUGGAUGGAACACCGUUGAGUUCGGAAGCUGAAAAGGAGCGUGUGAUUCUUUGUUUACGAGCUGCCAUCGAAAGAAGGGCAUCUCAGGGUGUAAGGCUUGAGCUAUGUGCGGCGGACAGAAAAGGGUUAUUAGCGGAUGUAACGAGAACCUUCCGUGAAAACGGGCUAAACGUGACGAGGGCAGAGAUAGCAACAUUAGAGAAUAAAUCCCGAAAUAUAUUCUAUGUGACGGAUUCGAUCGGGAAUCCGGCCGACCCAAAGAUUAUUCAGUCGGUUCGGGAGAAGAUCGGUUUGAGUACUUUAAGGAUUAAGGAAUUACCGAUUGUGUAUCAAGAAAAGGUCGAAAGGGACGAGUCGAAAGGUGGGGCCAUGCUUUUAUCAUUUGGAAGUAUGAUGAGGAGGAAUCUAUACAAUUUGGGAUUGAUCAAAUCUAAUUCUUGAUUUUAUGAGCUUAGUCAUAAAGUGCAUUUGUGUUUGGUUGGCAAUAUUCUUUGCUUUGUGGAUUUGUACAUAGUAAAUGGAAUUUUACAGACAUGGAUUUGGUGAAAGGUAGUUGACUUUAGUUGGAGGGGCUUGGUUGUCUGGAUGGUAUAGGGGGGCCACCACCCCCACCCCCACCCCCUACCGUUUGAAAUUAAGAGAGGGAGAUUAGGUGCUAGUAGUUAGAAUAGGGAAAUGGUUUCACAUGGGAUGUAGGUUUGUACAUAUUUCUUUUCACUAUUUUAUAUAUAUAUAACUAUUUCCCAUUUAUAAUGUUUUUUUAAUUUGA